UGGGAAGGAAGGAAGGCUUGUGGGCGCGUUGCGAGGGGUGACCCGUGGAGCCUCCGAGAAACGUGCGCGGAGGCCGAGGUUCUGCGAGGAGAGGCUCUGGCUGAGGGCGGGCUGGGGCGUGGAGCGCAGUCGGCUGAGCGGAAGCCUUGGUGGGCGCCGAGGCUCCGGGAGGGGGCAGAGCAGGCUCGAGAGGAGGUAGGGGCGUCGAGGCGCACGGCUUCGGGCUGGACUCCGGAGCGGAACGAGGGCUUCCGGGGGCCGUUCCUCUCGGCUCUGCCAGCGGCUUUCCGUUGUCCUGGAUCCGGGGACCCGGUUGCCAUGGAAACCCUUGCGCCGGACCGACUGUGACUGUGCCUUUUAACUGCAGCUGGAAGUGUUUGUUUAAUGAAUGACCUAUCUAUUUAGGCCCUGAGGAUAACCCUGUGAAUUGCUGAUAGUUAAGUGGGUCUGGCCCUUAGUAUUAACUUCAGUAUGUUGCGACGAAAACCAACUCGCCUAGAGCUGAAGCUUGAUGACAUUGAAGAGUUUGAAAGCAUUCGGAAGGACUUGGAGGCCGUAUGCUCCUUGAAGGCAGGAAUGAGUAUAUUCUUCUUUGCAUCUGUCCCCUGCAAUACCAAGCCCAAAGAGACCCGCAAGAAACAAAAGGAAGAUGUGGAUGUUGUAGGAGGCAGUGAUGGAGAAGGUGCCAUAGGGCUCAGCAGUGACCCCAAGAACCGGGAACAGAUGAUUAAUGAUCGAAUUGGUUAUAAACCCCAAGCCAAGCCCAACAAUCGCUCAUCUCAAUUUGGAAAUUUUGAAUUUUAGAGGUGGAUUUUCUUGCUUGCCAGAGCCCUGGAAUGGUGUAAAAUGAUGGCAGAAGUAACAAACGCAGUUCAGGGAACUGAGUGCUUGUAGUCAAGCAGAAUAUUUUACCUCCUGCAGAGGGAAAUACUUCUGCAUGAGAUUACUGAAAUCCAAACUCUGGUUUGUCCCUGGAGAAUUUGACUCUAUAAAACUUGUCUGAUUUUCAAUUUUAAAAAUAAAUAUAUUUUUGGAAAAGUA